UGACGCAAGCCCAGGGGCCCGGCAGAGGGCGGGGCCUGGCUAUAAGCUUCGUGUGGGAGGCGGCGGUCGUUCAGAAGGCGUGUGGAGCGCGGGCUGUAGCAUUGCGGACUUGGGAGGCGCUUCCGAGUGCCUCCUCGUGGCAGUGCAGAAUGAUGGAUCAAGCUAGAUCAGCAAUCUCUAACUUGUUUGGUGGAGAGCCAUUGUCAUACACUCGGUUUAGCCUGGCUCGGCAGGUAGAUGGCGAUAACAGUCACGUGGAGAUGAAGCUGGCCGUGGAUGAAGAGGAGAAUGCUGACAGUAACAUGAAGGCUAGUGUCAGAAAACCCAGAAGGUUUAAUGGAAGAGUCUGCUUUGUGGCUGUUGCAGUAGUCAUCUUCUUUUUGAUUGGAUUUAUGAUCGGCUACCUGGGCUAUUGUAAGCGUGUAGAACAAAAAGACGAGUGUUUGAAACUGGCAGGAAUGGAGACAGACAAGCCAGAGACCACUGAAACAGAAGAAGAUGUUCUUCAACCUUCUCGCUUAUAUUGGGCAGACCUCAAGAAACUGUUGUCAGAGAAACUGGACACCAUAGACUUCACUGAUACCAUCAAGCAGCUGAGCCAAAGUUUAUAUUCCCCUCGUGAGGCUGGGUCUCAGAAAGAUGAAAAUCUUGCCUAUUAUAUUGAAAAUCAGUUCACUGAAUUUAAAGUCAGCAAAGUCUGGCGAGAUGAGCAUUAUGUGAAGAUUCAAGUGAAGGGCAGCGUUGCUCAAAACUUGGUGACCAUGAUGGAGUCCAACCUAGUGGAGAAUCCUGAGGGAUAUGUGGCUUACAGUAAAGCUGCAGAAGUUACCGGUAAACUGGUCCAUGCUAAUUUUGGCACUAAAAAAGACUUUGAAGGAUUAAAUUAUUCUGUGAAUGGAUCUUUAGUGAUUGUUAGAGCAGGGGAAAUCUCUUUUGCAGAAAAGGUUGCAAAUGCCCAAAGCUUUAAUGCAAUUGGUGUCCUGAUAUACAUGGACAAGAAGAGAUUCCCCAUUGUUAAGGCAGAUGUUCCGCUCUUUGGACAUGCUCAUCUAGGAACCGGUGACCCAUACACACCUGGCUUUCCUUCUUUCAACCACACUCAAUUUCCGCCAUCUCAGUCGUCAGGCUUGCCUAACAUACCUGUGCAAACAAUCUCAAGAAAGGCUGCCGAAAAGCUAUUUGAAAACAUGGAAGGAAACUGUCCUCCUAGUUGGAAUAUAGAUUCAUCGUGUAAGCUGCAGUUGUCACCAAAUCAAAAUGUGACGCUUGCUGUGAAUAACGUACUGAAAGAAACAAGAAUACUCAACAUCUUUGGACUUAUUAAAGGUUUUGAGGAACCAGACCGUUACGUUGUAGUAGGAGCCCAGAGAGAUGCCUGGGGCCCUGGUGUUGCGAAGUCUAGUGUGGGAACAGGUCUCCUGUUGAAACUUGCCCAAGCACUCUCAGAUAUGGUUACGAAAGGUGGGUUUAAACCCAGCAGAAGCAUUAUCUUUGCCAGCUGGACUGCAGGAGACUUUGGAGCUGUUGGUGCCACUGAGUGGCUAGAGGGUUACCUUUCAUCUCUGCAUUUAAAAGCUUUCACUUACAUUAAUCUGGAUAAAGUUGUCCUUGGUACUAGCAGCUUCAAAGUCUCUGCCAGCCCACUGUUAUAUACACUUAUUGGGAAGACAAUGCAGGACGUAAAACAUCCAAUUGAUGGGAAAUCUCUUUAUCGAGACAGCAAUUGGGUCAACAAAGUUGAGAAACUUUCCUUUGACAACGCUGCUUUCCCUUUCCUUGCAUAUUCUGGGAUCCCAGCAGUUUCUUUUUGUUUUUGUGAGGAUGAGGACUAUCCUUAUUUGGGAACUGAUUUGGAUACCUAUGACAACUUGAUUGAGAAAGUUCCUCAGCUCAACCUAAUGGUUCGCACGGCAGCAGAAGUGGCUGGUCAGCUCAUUAUUAAACUUACCCAUGACAUUGAACUGAACCUGGACUAUGAUAUGUAUAACAACAAAAUACUGUCAUUUGUGAAGGAUCUGAACCAGUUCAGGGCAGAUAUCAAGGAGAUGGGUCUGAGUCUACAGUGGAUGUAUUCUGCUCGCGGAGACUACUUCCGUGCUACAUCUAGACUGACAACUGAUUUUCAUAAUGCUGAGAAAACAAACAGAUUUGUCAUGAGGGCAAUCAAUGACCGUAUUAUGAAAGUGGAGUACCACUUCCUGUCACCCUAUGUGUCUCCAAGAGAGUCUCCUUUCCGACACAUCUUCUGGGGCUCUGGCUCUCACACUCUCUCAGCUUUGGUGGAGAACCUGAAGCUUCGCCAAAAAAAUCUUAGUGCUUUUAACGAAACCCUCUUCAGAAACCAGUUGGCCUUGGCUACCUGGACUAUUCAGGGAGUUGCAAACUCCCUCUCUGGUGACAUCUGGGAUAUUGACAAUGAGUUUUAAGUGUAACAUGCACAAUUAAGAACAGGGUUGUCUGUCUCUAGAUUUGUGCUGGUUAUGCUAAAUUUUCAUUAGAGCUCCAAAUUCUAAUGCUGCAAUUCCACCCAAUCAUCCCCUGUCUUUAGGCAUCAGCUUUUAGUGCAGGCUUGGACCUACACUUGAAGCUACAGUGGAUAACUCUCUCCGUGCUCACAAUACCCUCUCAGAUUAUCUUUAGAAUUUUGAGUCUUUU